UCUCCCCACCCCCUCCACGUGUCGUGUACCCGAGCCGAUCAUGCGGCAGUGCCCGUGGGAACGGCCCCUCCGCCGAUCACUCUGGGAGUCCCCAGAAUCUCUGCCAUUCUCCAGCAGCAGCAGCAGGCGCAUCCUCGUCUGCGCACGCCCUGCAUCCUGCCCGGCGUUCCGCCCUCCAUCCCUUCGGCAUCCCCUCCUCGGCAUGGCGCUGUCACUGGGGUUCGGCCGCGCCCUGCUGCGCAGGAAGGCUGACGCGAGGGAUGUGCUCAUCGAGCGCAGGAACCUGGUGACCGUAUGCCGGUUUGCAGUCAAGGCCUUGGUGGAGAGGGGAGGCCUGGAGCCCGUGGGCGACUCCUCCGAGGAGUUUGUCAACUUCGCGGCCAUCUUGGAGCAGGUGCUUAGCCACCGCCUCAAAGGGCAGCUGAGCUGGUUCGGCUACGAGAUGCCGCGCUGCUUCUGGGAUUACGUGCGCACCGCAUGCCAGAAGGUGCCACACAACUGCCUGGCGAGCGUGGAGAGCAUGGAACACGUGGGCAGCGGCAGGGCCAAGGGUCGAGCCUGGAUCCGGAUGACUCUGAUGGAAAAGCGCCUGGGCGAGUACAUCUCCUCCGCCCUGCGCGACGUCAAGACCACGCGGAGGUUUUAUGGAGAAGGAGCAGCCAUGCUUGGAGACGAAGCCCUUCUGCUGGCUGGAAUGUUCUUGGCCCUCAACUCAAUUGAUUUCAGCUUUUGCUUGAAGGGAGAGGACCUGGCGAAUGAGAACAACGCAGUCAUUGACUACACCCCGUACUUAAAAUACACGCAGAGCUAUGGCACGAUCAGCAGCGAAGGGGACGACAUGCGCACGCUGGGCAGCAGCAGCGAGGACGCCACCCCGGACGCCCCUCCCGCUGAGAUCCUGGCAAACGAGAACAGCUGGUACAGCAGGUACAAGCGUCUGGAGCAGCAGUACCGCCUGGCCUGCGAGCAGAAGUGCUACCUGGAGGAGCUGGUGCGCGUACGCGAGGCGCAGCUCGCCGAAGCAACGGAUCAGCACGCGGCCGGCGUGCAGAGGCAGCACGAGAUCACCCUGGGCUGGCGUGUCAAGCGGCAGGGCAUGGAGGCGACCAUUCUGGCGCUGCAGGCCGAGCUCUCGGGUUUCCAGAGCGGACACGUCAAGUCCACGCAGGAUCUCGCCCAGCAGCGGCGGGGCGUGCUGCGCAACGCGACGUUGAGUGUGGACCUGGGCCGGGAGGCGGAGGAUGUGCUCCUCACAGCCAGCAAGGGCGAGGCUGAAGGCGAGGACACGCCACCGGCAGGCCUCCCGGCUCACGUGGGUCACGAGCACGACCCCUGCGAGCUUCUGAGCCCAACGGGAGAACAGGAGAAGUGCUCGCUCGCCUGUUUCCAGAGACACCCCCAAACCGCCAAAAAUCAACCCUAAACAUUCAGCAUCUUCUUCUUGGUUCUUUCGGUAAAGUCACGUAGAAGGAAAAUAAUAAAAUAAAUAAAAUAAAACAUUAAAUAAUUCUCACGACGUUUCGGCCACAACGCAAGCAGCCGUUUUAUUUUUAUUAUUUUAUUAUUUUCCUUCUACGUUACUUUACCGAAAUAACCAAAAAGAUGAAUCCCUGCAGUCACGAAAGCUUUAAAUCGAAAUUCAGCAUCUUGCGUCAUCUCCAUCAUCAUCACCACCACCCUCACCGUCUUGGUCGCAAUCAUCAACCCUUUGUUAAGCAGCAGCUGUCAUUCCACCGUAUUGGUUUAUUUCUAAUCUCGGGAAUCGUUCGUCAUAAUCACUCGAUAUUGUCAAGGUCGCGUCGACCUCGCCUUGUGCAGCCACCGGCCCCGCAGCGUCGGUGCGCUGUGGGGGAUGGGGUGGGGGAGCGCCGUUUGGCUACAAAAGAAGUCGGUGCAGUUACGUCUCUGUGCUCGACUGCUGACUUGAGUAUUAUUAUGCCGCUGCCUUUAUUGCGGCAUUUGCCAUUUGGCAGUAAGUGCUUUGUUCCAGGCGUGAGGCGUGUGAGAGGAUGGUGUCGAAUUGAAGACUUGCUUUGUCCAGAGGGUUCCAAUAAAACAUUAUCAAUUCGUGAUCAUUAGCCCACAGAGGGUGCCUAAGUCUGCAUCUAACGUCCUGCCAUGUUGCAUCAAUUUUUUUCACCAGACAAUAGCCAACAAUGUGAUGGAUUAGUGUCUUACCAAGUGGACGUGCAAAAGCGGUUUUGUGAUUAUAUUUUACGUGCUGCCUUCUGAACGCAUAAGCUGUAGAUAAAAUGUACAAGCUUGGAUGAGCCACGUGUUUAACAGCCUACAAAGUCGCCACACCACUUGGGUUGGUAUGACCCAAUGGAAAAUUAACGAAGCGUCACUUCUUGUUGAUAGGGACCUCAAAGCAGCCAACAGAAGGGCUGCUUUUGCAUGGUAUGGGUUUCCGACAGAGGUCGCAACCGGGUACCCGAUACCCGUACCCUACCCGAUACCUGGCUACCCGUACCCGACCGGAUACCUGGCUACCCGUACCCGACCGGGUACGAGUAGCCGUUUGCGACCCUGGUGCGGCCGGGUACGGGUACGGGUAGGCCGUGAGUCACCGGUGAGUAACCGUUUGUCACUCAUUUCGGGUAGGGUACGGGUAAGGAACGGGUACCCGUACCCGGCCGGGUACGGGUACGGGUACCUAUUUGCGACCCUGGUGCGGCCAGGUACGGGUACAGGUAAGUAAUCAAAACCCGUUUGCGACCUCUGGUUUCCGAUAUAUUCUGAUUCUUGUGAUACACCCAUGGUGUAUGCCUUUCGACGCAUACCAGUUGUUUUUUUGUCUUAAUAGACAUGAAGUUGUUACAUGCUGAACAUGCCUGACGAUAAGUAAACAUGUACCAUAACAUAUAGAGAGGGCAAUGUAAUUUGAAUUGGCAUUCUCCAUACAUCAUGUGAGACAUACUCGCUACACAUAGGAUCUCGAUCUCAGUUUGAAUUGGCGCUGUCUGCAUCGUGUGGGACUUGUUUACUCAUCAUCAGGCAUGUGCGGCAUUUAACAGCAACAAAUACUUUCGUCAGAGCCCCCAGUCAAGCUUCGCUCAGCAGGAGAUCAUCCACGCUCCCUUGCCACCCCCGUAGUCUGGAUCUCCCAGCCAUCCGUGCUGUCCACUCACUGCCUCUGUUUAAUGAGUGACUGCUUCUAU